AUGCGCUGCAUCAUCUCCGUGCUCGCUGCUCUGGCCGCUGUGGUCAUUCUCGUUGCCUCCGCGACCGAAGCUCCGGAACGAAGCUCAACGGUUGCUCACAAUGAUGGCGGAAAUACUCAAUACCUGCGAUCGAACAACGAACCCGCCAAAGCCUACGAGGUAGACGAUGAAGAAAGGGUGAUAAAUCUCGGCGUCGCUAUCGCCGGUCCACAGAUUGUGCCCCCCUUUCCGGCCAUUAAGGUAGCCAACUACCUCAAGAGAGACGCGCUGGUAGCCGAAAAGGUGGAACAGGCUUUUAGCUGGUUCGCGAACCUAUUCAAGCGCCGUGUGCGCAUCUCACCAGCGGGUAAAGCUGGCGAGAAGAAAAGCAAGCACGCGCUACAACAUUGA